AUGGGUGGGCCAGGUAGUGAAAGAGAGCAAGGUGGGUGGGAGGAGCUUGCUGACAGCCUGGGUAUAAAAGCACACAAACUAUCCUCCAGCAUCACACUUCAGCACCUCCUGCUCUUGCUGACGAAGAUCCUUAUUAUACUCUUUGUAACUCAACUGUUUUUGCUGGACGGCAACCAUGAAGGUUCUCUGUUUAUUGCUCUGCUGGGAGUAACCACCGCUGACCAACGCCCUCCUUCAAGUUACGGAGCCCCAAAUGGAGGUUUCGGUAAUGGGUUUGGUGCCUCAAAUGGAGCCCCGAGUAAUGGUUAUACACCUCCAGGAAGCAAUGGCUUCGGAGCUUCUCCAAAUAAUGGAUAUGGUGCCCCCUUUGGCAAUGGAUUUGGACCCUCUUCAGGCAAUGGGUUCGCAGGUGCUCCAAGCAAUGGAUAUGGAGCUCCCCCAAGUAACAGGUAUGGUCCCCCAACAGGUUCUUAUGGACUAGAUCCGGAGCUGGUUGCUCUGCAGGAGAACAUCCCCGGAGGUGGCGUCCCCGGUGAAGACUACCCAGUCUUGGCUUCUCCACCAGACACUGGCUUCUCUUGUGAUGACCAGGCAGUGCCUGGUUAUUACGCUGACACUGACCCUGAAGCCAGCUGCCAGGUAUUCCACAUUUGCCAGGACCGUGCCCUCAGACGUCAGAAGGACUCAUUCCUGUGCCCCAACGGUACCAUCUUCAACCAGCAGUACCUGGUGUGUGACUGGUGGUUCAACGUAGACUGUUCUCAGGCUGAGAACUUCUACUCCGUCAACGAACAGAUUGGUGUCGUCCCCAGUGCAGGCUAUGGUUAUGGCCCCAUUGCUAACAGUAUUUUUAAUGGAGUUGGUAAUGGUUAUAAUAAUGGUAAUAGGGCAAAUGGCAAUGGCAACCGAAGAAAUGGAAAUGGCGCAAAUCGUUAUGGAUCCAACGGAAAUGGUAGGAACGGGAAUGGUGCUAAUGGCAUUGGUAGGAAUGGGAAUGGAGUCAGCAACGGAUAUAGUGUUCCAGCUGCGCCAUCCACUUCCUAUGGAACUCAGUUUUAA